UACUUUUAACAUUUCUAACAUUAUAUCUUUUUAUCUUUCAGAUGUAAAUGGUCAAAAGAUGUUUCCACUGGUGCUAGUUGUCUUAACUUUUCUUGUUUGUUCUUCCGAUGGAAGCGACGUAGUGCUUGGAAUUCUGGGGAAUUCGGCGUUCAUCGAGUGUCAACUUCCGAUUUCAAAUACGCUUAUCUGGCAGACCGAAAAUGGAAACGUUAUAGCAAUGAACGGGAGAGUAAUAAAUGAGAAUUCUACAAAAUAUCUAAUAGAAAAACAAAACGGAUUGCGAGAAUCUUUGGUGAUUCACGACCUUACCCUUGCAGACGACAAUAUAUUCAGAUGUUUUGACCUAAAGAACAGAACGUUUGUUGAUUCAACCAAGCUUAAUGUACUUGCUGUUAGUGGAAUUGUCAAGCUUUUGAUGAUGGAGGAAGGUCCUCAAGUGCUUAUCCGGACAUUAUUGGCGGGUAUAUGUGUAGAACCGCGGACAUUCAGUAAGCCAGCAGGGACACACAAUGCUUUUACUAUCGUGUUUUUAUUUUUCAUUUUGUAUUUUCUAGCUCGGGCACCGAUGAUGAAUGUCACAGUCACACCUCCACAACCAAUGCUAGAAGGGACAGAAGUGACGUUAACAUGUGAAGCAGACGGAGGAAAGCCACUUCCCGAAAUCAGAUGGUUCAUUAAAUCGACCAAUGGAAGUGUCACGGAGGUUAAUGGUAACGUAACUGAUAUAAAAUACCCCAAUGGAACCGGACAUCGUACGAAUACACUGAGAACAACAGUUACUCGAGACUUGUACCGCGCGACAUUUAUAUGUAACAUUACAGUGUCACUUCUCUACCAGGAGACAUUUACGGUGGAUACAGAUGUUCUGUUGGCACCGUUAAAGCCAGAAAUUACGUCACGUGACUAUGAUGGAAGUUUUGAUGAAAACUCUGUGUUGAAAGUGCAGUGUUCGAGUAAAGGGGGCCGCCCGACCCCAACAAUUUACUGGCUCCUAGAUGGUAACAGAGUAGGAGACGUGGAGGUUGUUGUUAAAACACACGAAAACGGAACAGCAACUGUGGUAUCAAACCUUAGCAAACAAAUGUCACGUGUUUAUAAUGGUUCCGUGUUGACGUGUGCGGCAACGAACAGAGUGUUGUUGGAUCAAGGACUUCCGCCACGUGUAGCCAACAUUACUCUGUUAGCUUCUUAUAAACCUAAUGUAUGGAUAGAGCAGCAUGAGUACACGACUAAGCUUGGAGACAAUGUGACAUUCAACUGCAAUAUUGACGCUAAUCCUUUACCUUAUUUUGAACAAUUAUAUUGGACAAACAAAGGUGUCAUGGUAGACCGGAAAUACUACUACCUAUCAAACGAAAGUGACGUCUUCAGUCUGAAUCUUCAAGAUGUAGAGAUAACAGACACAGGGUAUUACGCUUGCCAUGCUGUCAACAGACUGGGCGCUUCCUCAAGUGAACAGAUCAAACUAACAGUAUUAUAUGCACCAGUCUGUGGGUACAGUUCAGUUCAGAAAGUUGCUGUCAGAUUGGGAGAAGGUGCUGGGCUCAACUGCAGCAUGAUGGCCUCACCAAAUGACGUCAUGUUCACCUGGAGGUAUAGACAGAAUGAUGAACGAAUAACAAAGAUGCGUGCUACAAAGGACAUGCGCAGUAUCGAUCAUGUUUAUGGAGUUCUGGAUCUAACUGUGGGGAGUCAGAUACGCUAUGGAGAAAUAGAAUGUCAUGGGAAUAAUACGCAAGGAAUGUCACUUAAUCCAUGCAUCUUUGAGAUUGUCCCCCCUGGUCCACCUGAAAUCCCCGGGAACUGCUCAACAACGGUAGACAAGAGUCAAGUCCAAAUCAAAUGUGUAGCUGGAUUCAACGGAGGCUCUACACAACACUUUAUUCUUCAAAAGCUCGGCAACAUUGAGUUCCAAACGCUGCUUGCAAAUGAUAUCCCCGACUUCCAGUUCAAUUCGUACGAGAACGUGACAAUUCGCAUAUGCGCCUAUAAUGACGAUUACAAAAAUAUCCGAAACUGCGCAAUACCUUCUGAGAUUGUCGUUUAUGUCCCAGCUUUUUCAGAUGUACCUCAAAGUGAUCCAGUAAAGGGAGAAAAAUCACACAAGACAGCUUAUAUAGCUGGAGGAGUUAUCGCCGCUUUUGGAGUUAUUAUCAUUGCAAUAAUAGUUUCCGUACUUCUCUUUCGGAGAUAUAAAAAGGUUUGUUAUAAAGUCAAACAAGCACGCUUUCCUUACACCACCAAUAAUAAACUAACCUCCUCCUUACAUAACUCUUAUGUUUACUCACAACCUGGAUACUAACAACCUGGAUACUAACAGCCUGGGAUCGGAUUUGGCAUGCAAGACCUUAGAAGCAAAAGAAUAUUCAAACACGCCCGCCUGGGACGCGUCAGCAUUUCCAGAUUUUGGAAAAGGACAUGGGCAGAGUAUUUCCAAACAGUUUCGGACAGAUGGACACGAGCGUUCCGUUCAUUUUAAUUACAAGGUCACGUUAUAUGGAUAUGAUUCGGAGAUCAACGCGCAAAACGACUCAGCUAAAGCUAAAAAUGACAUCACAGAACUGUUUAUGAUCUAGAAAAAAAUCAAUGGAAUUUUGGUCAUUGUUUUAACAAAAGCAAACAGUAAAUAUGGAUCUAAAGAACUGCCUGUGAAAGCCAAAGCUCAUACAUUGUCUAUUGUAUUAACGUACAGUUUAACAGUUAUAUGGUGUGUGUUUGCAUAUAGAUCUCACAUAGACCAGAAAGAAAAUGGUGCCUGAAGAUGUUAUUCCUUAAACAAAAAAUGCAGACAAGGCAUCAAGAAAAGUGCUACAGUAUUGUUAAUUAGUGACUUACCUAG